AAGAUUUACACACGGUAAUCUCUUACUAAAUGCUCACAAAUGACUACGUUUUGACUAUAUCUUGACCAAAUAAUUUGUGAAAAAUACCUUCUACUUUUUUAUCUACAUAUUUGUGUUAUUAAAAAGUACUAGUAUAUUUCUUAUUUAUCUCACACAAAUUAAGACGUUCUCUUGUAACUAGAAGUAACAGCUGGUUAAAUAUAAUUAGGUCAGAUAGUUAUCUCAAUCUGUAAUGAGGCUAGGUCAAAUGUGAUGAGUGGGUAUGGUUAUUAUUGUACUUUCUGUUACAGAGUCACUACCUGAAGGCAGUGCCAAGUGGGUUACCAAUAAUACUGGAAACUGGCCUCAGAUAGGAUAUGAAGAUAUUAUUGACUACCUCAUUAAGUCCCACUCAUUUGAUUCCAAGGAAAUGAAAGCUUUUCGAGCAACAUAUGCAUAUAAUUAUGUGCAGAAUGGAUGGUUAGGUGAUAUUCAAAGCAUUGUGGAAAAUGAAGUUCAUUAUCUUAAAGCCUGUGUGUCACCCUCUCAGCCAGGAGCCUCUACAGUUCCUUACAAUGCAUGGAUUGCUGCAAGGAAAGAUGGUACUGUAUUAACUGCAUGUUGCACUUGCCCAGCUGGUCAUGGAAGGUCAUGUAGUCAUGUUGCAGCCAUUAUGUAUGCUGUACAUCUAGCCUGGUUACAUGGAUAUGCUGGUAAAUCUUGUACUGAUUUACCUUGUACAUGGGGACGAGGGACUGACAGCAAUAAAUUACUCAGUGAAUUAAAGGCCAUGAAUUUCAAGCAUCCAAAAAGAUCUGAUGAUCCCAAUCAAGCUGCAGAAACGUCUACAUCAUCGAAAAGCAAGCCCUACAGAUUUAAGCAGUUUGUUACCACAGAAGACUUUACUGAGCAUGUAAAUAAUUCUCCACUUUGUUCUCUUUGGAAACUGAAGGGUACACUUCUCCAUAAAACAUUUUCAGCCACUGAAAAUGUAAAUCCUAUCUGCAAGGAAACGUCAAAUGAUGAAUCCAGACAUGGAUCUCAUGAUAUUGAUUAUAGCAAGACUGUCACAAAAUUGGAAUGUUCUGUUUGCCAGGAAUUUUAUGACAAGUAUGUUAAUCUUCCAGAGUACAAAAGAGAAGAAUUAAGUAAUUUAACAUUAAACCAGGGUGCAUCAUCAAGUCCGCUAUGGAAAGACAGCAGGCGAGUAAGAAUACCAGCAUCAAAGGCCAACAGUGUACCUAAAACAAGUAGAGGCGACCCUGAGAAAUUCCUGAACAAUCACCUGUAUGAGAGAUUUAAGGGUAAUGACAACACUGCUUAUGGAGUGACCCAUGAACCCAUAGCAAGAGGACACAUUAUCAGGAUAUUUCUGGGAAGAAAGUAA